AUGGAUCACGGAUCAAUGGGCAGCAGCGGCGCAGACUGCAAGGUCGAGAUGCUGUGGAACUGGAACACAAUCGACGCCUGCUUCCUUGCUUCAUCAUGGCAGAUCCGCACCCAAGGCAUGAUGGCUGCCACUUGCAUCGGCACAAUCCUCCUCGUCGUGCUCGUCGAGUUCUUCCGUCGCAUGGGCAAAGAAUACGACGCUCUUCUCCAGCGAGGCUUCCAGCGCCAAGCUUCAACCCACAGCGUCGCCCUCGCCGCCGCAGGCUGCACGGGGGCCGUCGUUCCGACGCGCCAGACCCUGACGUACCGCGCGUCUCCUCUGCAGCAGCUGAUCCGGUCCUUCAUUCACGCCCUUACCUUUGGCGGAGCCUACAUCGUCAUGUUGCUGGCCAUGUACUUCAACGGCUACGUUAUCAUCAGCAUCUUUAUCGGCAGCGGUCUGGGCAAGUUCUUCUGCGAUUGGUUGGUUGUGAGGAUCGAUCUUGAUGGAUUGGAUGGUCCCAAGGACGAGACCAAGGGAAUUGAAGAGACCACGGUUUGCUGUGGUUAG